GAAGCAUCUCCACUCCUGGGGUUCUGCUGAUGUCAUCAGGACAGUGGUUAGUCAGGAAGGGCUAGUCUGCCCACACUGGACCUAGAAAUGGAGGCAAAUGACCAUUUUAACUUUACUGGCCUUCCCCCUGCACCUGCUGCCUCAGGACUGAAACCCUCCCCCUCCGGGGAGGGCCUCUACACUAACGGGUCUCCCAUGAACUUCUCUCAGCAAGGGAAAAGUUUGAAUGGUGAUGUGAAUGUUAAUGGCUUAUCUACUGUAUCUCACACUACUUCAGGGAUUUUGAACUCUGCUCCCCACUCCUCUGGCACUUCCCACCUCCAUCACCCCAGCGUGGCCUAUGACUGUCUCUGGAACUAUCCGCAAUAUCCACCUGCCAGUACUGGCAGCAACCUUAAAGAUCCACCCCUUCUCUCCCAGUUCUCAGGCCACAGACAAUAUCCUCCACUCAACGGCACCAUUGGGGGCAGCCGGCAGGGCUCACCCCCAAGUCAAAACACUAACCUGCGGGCUGGUAACCAAGAGUUCUGGGCCAAUGGCACCCAGAGUCCCAUGGGACUCAAUUUUGACUCACAAGAACUAUAUGACUCUUUCCCCGAUCAGAAUUUUGAGGUGAUAUCCAAUGGACCCCCUGGCUUCUUCACCUCCUCGCCACCCUCUCCCAUGCUGGGCUCCAGUGUCCAGACUUUUGCACCUUCCCAGGAUCCUGAACACGGUGAACAUCCUGGUGAGGCAGCCGAUAAGGAGCUAGCCCCCAUUGUGGCAGAGAAUGGCACUGGUUUGGUGGGUAGCCUGGAGCUGGAAGGAGAACAGCCAGAAUUGAAGAUCUGUGGCUAUACCAGCUCAGCCCCUUCCGUGGAAUCACUGCACCAAGAGGUCUCAGUCCUGGUCCCUGACCCUACAGUGAGCUGCCUGGAUGACCCCUCACAGCUUCCGGAACAGCUGGGAGACUCGCCUAUCCUUGAUGAAGAUCCAUUGGAGCCCUUUGACUCACUGGCUCCAGAGCCAGGGAGUGGUGGGCUCUAUGGGAUGGAUGACUCGGAGCUGGUGGGUGAAGAGGACAAGCUGCCCCUCGGAGAUAGCCCUGACAUCUCAGCCCUCGAGUGCCCUUCCCUCAACAAUUCCACCGCCUUCAGUCUCCUGGCGGACGACAGCCAGACUUCAACCUCAAUCUUUGCCAACCCCACCUCACCUCCUGUGCUAGGGGAGUCUGUUUUACAAGAUGGCAGUUUCGAGCUGAAUAAUGGGAGUGAUCCAGAACAGGAAGAAGUGGAGACGGGCAUGGCAGCUGUGUCCCCGGGCCUUGCACAGUCAGCCCCAGCUCAGCUGUCCCCUGAGGACACAGACACGGACAGGAGCAGCGGUCCUGGGUGCACCCCUGACCUUGAAGACAAGGCUGAGGGGGGAGGUGGUGCUUCUGGCAAUGGAGAUGUCCUUCGGAGACGGAUUGCCACCCCAGAAGAGGUUCGAUUUCCCCUUCAGCAUGGAUGGCGGAGAGAGGUGCGAAUAAAGAAGGGCAGCCACCGGUGGCAGGGGGAGACGUGGUAUUAUGGCCCCUGUGGAAAGAGGAUGAAACAAUUUCCAGAAGUGAUUAAGUACCUGAGCCGAAAUGUCGUCCACCACGUUCGCCGGGAACAUUUCAGUUUCAGCCCUAGGAUGCCUGUUGGAGAUUUCUAUGAAGAACGGGAUACCCCUGAGGGCUUGAAAUGGGUACAGCUCUCAGUAGAGGAGAUACCUUCCCGCAUCCAGGCCAUCACUGGCAAGCGAGGUCGUCCCCGCAACACUGAGAAGGCCAAAGCCAAGGAAAUGCCCAAAGUAAAACGAGGACGUGGGCGGCCCCCCAAAGUCAAAAUCACUGAGGUUUUGAGCAAGACAGAUACCAGACUCCUGAAGAGGCUUGAAGUUACAGAUGCCCCAAGUGAUGGAGAAAAGGUCAAGAUGAGUAAGAUCAAGAAGAAGAUAAGAAGGAAGGCCAAAAACCAACGGAAACAAGAAGCCAAAUGCUCCAGGCAGAAGGAAAUUAAGAAGAAGUCCAAGGCUGAGAAGGAAAAGGUAAGAGCAAAGGCAGAUAAACUGAAAGAGAAAGUCAGGAAAGAGAAGGUCAGACCAAAGGAGAAGGAGGAGGCCAAACUGGCCUGUAAAGCUGAACGGGUGUCAGCCCCCCAGCGGCGCCUGGAGGAGCGACAGCGACAGCAGAUGAUCCUGGAGGAGAUGAAGAGGCCCACGGAGGACAUGUGCUUGGCUGACCACCAGCCCCUGCCUGACUUCUCAAGAAUUCCUGGUCUGGUGUUACCCAGCAGUGCUUUCUCACACUGCCUGACUGUUGUGGAGUUCCUGCACAGCUUUGGCAAAGUGCUGGGCUUGGAUCCAGCCAAGGAUGUGCCCAGCCUGGGGGCUCUGCAGGAGGGGCUGCUGUGCCAAGGCGAGGCCUUGGGCGAGGUGCAGGACCUACUGGUGAGGCUGCUUCGGGCUGCUCUCUGUGACCCUGGCCUACCUGCCUACUGCCAGUCACUGAAGAUCCUGGGAGAAAAAGUAUCCGAGAUCCCACUGACAAGGGACAACGUGUCAGAGAUCCUCCGUUGUUUCCUCAUGGCCUAUGGGGCAGAACCAGCAGUGUGCGACAGCCUUCGCACCAAACCUUUCCAGGCACAGACACCCCAACAAAAGGCUGCAGUGCUGGCUUUCCUUGUACAUGAGCUCAAUGGCUCCAACCUCAUCAUCAAUGAGAUUGAUAAGACCCUUGAGAACAUGUCCAGCUACAGGAGGAACAAAUGGAUUGUUGAAGGUCGGCUUCGGAGCACCCCAACUCCCACUCCCAGGCUGAAAGUGGCUCUGGCUAAGCGAACUGGGCGGUCCGAGGCAGAACUGCUGGGCUCAGAGGAGAGCUUAGGCCGGAGGCGAAGCUCCCGGAUCCCAGAGGAGACGAGUGGCAUGGAAGAAGAGGAAGAAGAAGAGGCGGCAGCAGCAUUAGCCUCGCAGGGUCGGCGGGGCCGCCGAGAUGAGGAGGGUGAUGCCCAGGCAUUCAGUAUUCCUGAGCUAGAGCGACAGAUAGAAAAACUCACCAAGCGCCAGCUGUUUUUCCGCAAGAAGUUACUCCACUCAUCCCAGAUGCUGAGGGCAGUUUCUCUAGGCCAGGAUCGAUAUAGGCGGCGAUACUGGGUGCUGCCGUACUUGUCUGGGGUCUUUGUGGAAGGGGCUGAGGAAGCCACAGCCUUGGAGGAUGUGAUAAAACGGGAAGCUGAGACCCCAAAGGAAGCAGCCGCUCCAGCCCCCUCCACGCCUCCUUUCUCAGCAGUGAAGAGGGAAUUGGCUGAAGGAAAUGGCAAGACUUGGUCACCUUGUGGUCGGGCCAGGGGUAGGCCCAGAAAGACCAAGCCUGUCCCUGAGCAGCCUGAGAUUCCCAUAUCCCCUGUGGCAAAGGAGGAGCACGAAUUUGCCCAAGCCCAGGAGCAAACCCAGGCCCAAGCCCAGGUCCAGGAGCAGGCCCUCAACGGGCUUCUGGAGCCAGAGGACUCCCCUGUGUCCUUGGGCCAGAGCCAGCAUGACCUCAGCCAGUCAGCCUUCCUCUCCUGGCUGAGUCAAACCCAGAGCCAUCGAUCCUUGCUGAGCAGCUCUGUCCUCACACCUGACAGCAGCCCUGGCAAGCUAGAGCCUGGACCCCCAAUGUAUCCUGAGGAGCCUGAGCCCAGCCAGCCUGAUCCCCCCAACCCCCGGGGCCCUUGGUUCAACCUGCUGCCUCGGACACCCUGUGAUGCUGCUCCCUCGACAUCCCCUUGUGCCUCAGAGGACGAUCCCACCCCUGAUCCACCAACACCACCUGCUUCCGCUCAGCCAGUGAAUGGACCCAGUGCUGCCAAACCUUGUUCCCCAAAGCCACUCUCCUCCACCCCUUUUUCUGUCUCAGCUCCCAAGAGAUGGGCAGGAAAAGGGCCCCAAACCCCAACAGGGCCCGGGCAGCCCAAACGGAGGGGUCGGCCCCCUAGCAAGUUCUUCAAGCAGAUGGAACAAAGAUACCUGACUCAGCUGACAGCCCAGCCCGUGCCUCCAGAAAUGCGCACGGGCUGGUGGUGGAUCGGGGAUCCGGAGGAGCUGGAGGCCACCCUGCGGGCCCUCCACCCCCGGGGCAUCCGGGAGAAGGCUCUGCACAAGCACCUCAGCAAGCACAGGGACUUCCUGAGGGAGAUCUGCCUGAGACCACCUACAGACUCCAUUCUCAAGCCGAGCCGGUUCCCCUUGGUGUCUCAGAAAGAGCUCCUGUGCUGGUCCCCAGCCGAGAGGACCUAUGAGGCAGACCUGGCGAUGCUGCAGUGCGUGGAGCAGCUGGAACAGCGGGUACUACUGGCCGAUCUGCAGAUCCGGGGCUGGACGUGUCCCAGCCCAGACUCUGCCAGAGAGGACCUGGCAUACUGUGAGCAUCUGCCUGACCCCCUUGAGGACAUCACUGCACGAGGCAGAGGGCGGGAGGGACUGGCACCGCAGAGGGAGGACACCAACCCCCUGGAUCUGGCCGUCCUUCGGCUCGCGGCGCUGGAGCAGAACGUGGAGCGAAGGUACCUUCGAGAGCCCCUUUGGCCACCCCAUGAAGUUGUGCUAGAGAAGGCACUGCUGAGCCCUCCGGACUCCACUGCUCUGGGGACCACCGAGAUAGCGUAUGAGAUCACUCCUCGGGUCCGGACUUGGCGGCAGACUCUGGAGAGGUGCCGGAGUGCUGCCCAAGUGUGUCUCUGCCUGGACCAGCUGGAGAGAUCCAUUGCUUGGGAGAAGUCUGUCAACAAAGUGACGUGCCUGGUGUGCCGGAAGGGUGAUAACGAUGAGUUCUUGCUGCUCUGUGAUGGCUGUGACCGUGGCUGCCACAUUUAUUGCCACCGACCCAAGAUGGACACUGUUCCUGAAGGGGACUGGUUUUGCGCUGUCUGUGUGGCCCAGCAGGCAGAGGGAGAAUUCCCUCAGAAGCCGGGCUUUCCAAAACGGGGCCAGAAGCGGAAAGGUGGACCACUGGGUUUCUCCGAGCCCGAGAGCCGGCAACGACGUCGUCCUCGGGCUGUGUCCCGGAGCCAGGAUGGGGCAGCUGUGUCCAGAUACUCUGGGGAAGGGCUGUCUUCUUCCAAACGCCGCCGCCUUUCCAUGAGGCACCACCAUAGUGACCUCACUUUCUGCGAGAUCAUCUUGAUGGAGAUGGAAUCUCAUGAUUCAGCAUGGCCCUUCUUAGAACCCGUGAAUCCUCGGCUCGUUAGUGGCUACAGGCGCAUCAUCAAAAACCCCAUGGACUUCUCCACCAUGAGGGAACGUCUCCUUCGGGGCGGGUAUUCUAACUCUGAGGAGUUUGCUGCUGAUGCCCUUUUGGUCUUUGACAAUUGCCAGACCUUCAAUGAGGAUGAUUCCGAGGUGGGCAAGGCUGGGCACGUCAUGCGCCGCUUCUUUGAGAGCCGAUGGGAAGAGUUUUAUCAGGGAAAACAGGCCAAUCUGUGAGGCGAGGUGGGACAGGGGCAGGACGCUACGUGCCUACUGAUCCUAUUAUCCCCACCUCCGAACCCUGCCAUUCUCGCCUGCUGAUGCUGCCUGGGGUCUACACUCAAGAAUCAGACAUGCCCUGAUCUUGGACUCCACCUUUGGGCAGCUUCCUGUACCCUCACUCCCCAACUUUCCCCCUUUUUCCUCUUCCUCUCCCCUCUGAUAAAGGGGGGCAGGGAAGGGGGUCUUCCUGGACUGAAAGCCAAAAAGAGAAAGAGAAUUUUCUUCCUUUCUGUUUUAUUUUCUAAUUAAAAAAGGGAGGGUAGAAACCCCUCCCUUGCCCUUCCCCACCUUUCCUGCCCCAGCGCUUUGGGGCUAUUUAAUGAUAGCAAUAGUUCUAGUGAAUGUGUGAAACCAAGAAACACUCUGUACUGUGUGAGGACCCGUAGUAACGGCCAGUAAAGUGGACUUAACUCCCAAGUGCGUCAAGCCGGAUACGGGGCCCUGGACAUGCUGCUUCCACGUCCAGUCCUUCCCCCAGUCCUUUGCCCACUUCUCCAACACUUUUUCUUCCAAUUUCUGCCUUCCUUCCCUCAUCCAAUAAUAUAAAACUAUCGUGUACGGGUUCCUCCCCUUCCUUUCCCCAAAUCCUUAAAAAACAAAACAAAACAAAAAAAGAUCUUUCAGAGGUUUUUUUCUUCUUAGCUCAGCCUCAUCUAUAGCAGUGGAUGCUUUUCUGUCCUUACCUCCAAAUCUCCAGCCUUCUCUGUGGGGGGAGGGUGGGGAAGUGUCUGGCUCCAUCAGCCCCGUUUUUCCCCCCCCCCCUCCCCUAAACCCAAUCCUCCCUCUUGGGAGCUCCUCAGGGACAAUUACUGCUGAGUUUGGCCAGGAUAACUUUGGGCCCAUUCCUUCCUGCCCAGAAGAUGGAUUGACUGGCCUCCCCUCCUCCUUGUGUGUGUUGCUGCAUUGUUUGUGUUUUAUCCUUUCCUUCCUUCACCCCUAUUCCUCUUCGUUGCUUUGGAAAUAUACAAGGAACAGUUUCAGCCAAUGGGCAUUUUUUCUCUGCCCCUCUUCUGAUGUCUGUGAUUCCUCCUUCUCACCCCAGGGCAUCUGUAUAGGUUUCAAACUGCAGUCCUUUUCCAGGAUCUCUGAUCCUGUUAACUUUGUGUCUCUUGCCCCUGUACACAGGAAGAACCUAAAGUUUUCUGUAGCUUUUAGUUCUGUUACUGCUUCCUGGCCUGCCCUCCUUAGCCCUGGGUGGGUUACCAGGAAAGCAAGAUGGUUGAGAGGCAGGUUGCGUGUACGCCACUGUCCCUGACAUGUGACCCCGCUGUAUAAGAGGAAAGCUGCCAUCUGCCCCAGCCAUAACCAUGGGGUCCUGGCCCUCUGCUCCCCUGCCCAACCUUGGCUCCUCCCAUCAGAGAUUACGGGUACUUGCACUGGGGAGGAGGCCCUGGGCUUAAGCAGAGAGCCAAGACACCCAUAUCCCCCAAGGAACUUUGCUACUGGUAGGGAGGAGCCAGUUGAGGUAGAGCCAUAAUUCUGGUUUUGCUCCACCAGCUGCACUGAAUAACCACUGAGGGACAUUAAGGGAGAAUGGGUCUACAUUCUCUCUGUCCUUUUGCUUCUCUCCUUUUCCAUCUCAUUUCUCAAGUCGCCUUUUCUGUCAGAUAAACCUCAGAAAUUAUUUUGAGAUUUUUUUUUAUUUUAAAUAAGAGGUGAAUUGAAGACUAUUUGAAUUGACUAUAUUAUGCAUAAAUAUUUAUAUUUUAUCUAAACUGCGCUGUAACAAACUUUGUGUUAAAUGUUUGGAAUUAUAGAUGAGGGUUCUUCCCUGCCCUCAGUCACACACCUCAUCCCCCUCACAGGGUAAUGUUUUUCCUGAUAUAAAAGCUCCUGAAUUAAUUUUGAACUUAUUGGGAGAGGGGGGUGGGGGGGAAGAGAAUGAUGGUCCGGAAUCUCAUGUGUUCCACUUAAGUGUUCUUUUCCCUCCAUCCAAAUCCCCAAGGAUCAGGCACUCUUGAGGUGGUAGGCUGGCUUGAAAUUUUGGGGGCCUAUUUGGUUGGAGGUAAAAGUGGUCAACUUCCCACUUUUCCUUCUGCCUUCAUUCUUAAUAAUUUCAAGUAUUUGGGGGUAUGCAUAUUAAAAAUCAAGUUUCAUCCCCCACCCUCAAAAAAAAAUCCUAUCCCAUCUUCUACCACAUCAGUCUAACAGGAAGAAACCACAUCAUCAACAAAAGUUGUUCCUAUGUUCCUUUUGUGGCAAAAAGGGACUAACUUUUAUAUAACCAAAUGUGGUGUUUUAGUGACUUUUUUGAUAAUGUACAGUUUUUUUGUGAAUUUAAAUUUAUUUCUUUCUAUAUUUUUAGGACCAAUCUCAUUUUUAAUAAGGUUGAAAAAGAAAAAAAAAAAGUCUAGAAAACUCCUGUUGUUGCCAUGUGAUGUUCCACAAGUACAGCUGUAGAAAAAGUGCUUGUCAGUUGAAUAAAAACCACAUUUGAUAGAGA